GUAACUAUGAUUAUGUGCGUCAUCAUCAAACCAAUUCAUGUAACUGCCUUAAAAGGAGGAGAUUAAGAAGCUGCAAUUGUUUAUUCAGAGAAGUCAGGAAGUAAAGAAGUUUUAUUUUGUCAGACUCACCAACAUGACUGUUCAUCUCAGCUUUCUUCUCAUCCUCACUGGACUCACAGGAGUUCAUUGCGUAACCACAGUCAGUAAAGUGUCAGUGAAGGCUGGAAAUUCAAUCACCAUCCCAUGUCGCUAUGGCUCAGAAUACAUGAACAACGUGAAAUACUUGUGUAAAGGAUCUCACUGGAAGUUCUGUUCAUAUGCAGUUAAAACAAACCAACCACAUAAUACACCCAGCCUCUCUGUGGAUCAUCAGGACAUUACAGGAUUUAUUGGAGAGAGUAUAAACAUCAGUUGUUACUAUAGAAACUCUGGAGAAAGGAGGUGGUGUAGGUUGGGCAUGAACUGUGUGACAGGGUCAUCAGGAUCAAUAGAUGGAACAAGUGUGACCAUCAGUGCGACAGUCCCCAAUGUUUUCACUGUGACUAUGAGUGGACUGAAGGCAGAGAGCAGCGGCUGGUAUUACUGUGUUAAAGGAGAAUUACAGAUGCCAGUUCAUGUCACUGUUACUGAGAGACCUACUACCUGCGCUCCAAGAACAACAGAGUGUCCAACUAACAUAUCGCCCACUCUUGAACCUGUGCAUCAGUCUUCUGUGUUCGCAAGCAAAGAUCCUUCCACAGUUCAACAGAACAGUCUUUCCAUUCACCUAAAGAGUUUCAUCAUCCGUCUGAGCUUGUUGACCUUCAUUGUUAUUGUGGGCUUGUUCAUCUGGUUUAUGUUCAACAGAUACAAUGGAACCAAAGCAGAUUCAACCGGAUUCCUUUGUGGUUACUGAAAGUUCAAAAAUAAAAAUCACUCAUGAAAAUAAAAAUCAUUUUAUUUCUCCUCCUUUGAAAAGCCACAACCUCACAACAUCUACCAUUGGACAUACAGUAUAUUAUAGAACUGUCCUGUGAAAAACGAGCCCAUAGGUCGUUUGUGCAGCAGGUUGUAAUGACCCAUAGUUAUUCUUUGUUGUUAGGCGACAUCUAGUGGCCAUAAUAAAUAUGACAGGAGCAAAGGGGAAGGUGCAGUGACGUAAUAUAAACACCAACAAAGUAUGCGUCAGGAGGAGGUUUGGUUGCAUGUUGUUAUUAUUGUAACCAUGACAACAAAGAUCGUCUAAUGUUAAGGAAGAACUUAUUUUAACCCAAAUCAUGAUCUUUUCCUAAACCAAACCAAGUGGUUUUAGAGCCUCAACCUAACCAAGCCAUGACCGUUAUUAUAGUAACCACAGCCAGUAAUCGGAUGUUUAGGUUGAGGACUUGUUUUGUAGAAGUGUAAUUUUGAAUCUACUUCAUGACAGUAGACUUCAAUGCUUUAUGAUUUCUAUUAGUGUUGGAUAUACAUAUGGGCUAAAAGGUUAUAUGUCGUGCUAUUGUCAUGUUUUAAAUAAAUGAACGCAUUUCAGUCCAUGGAGUGUUGAUCUUUUCUUCUAAAACUUUGUUUCCACUGGACCUUGCAUCUAAAUCUACUGUAAACUUUAUUCUGAAACCACAGUGUAACUGCAUAGAUAUUUAUGUACAUC